CAAUGAGCUCUGCUGCAGCUGUUGAUCCUCCAAAGGCUUCUGGCUCUGCGGCAGCUCCUAGAUCAAUCCGGGGUGGCGUUCCUAAGUUUUUUACAAACUCCGCCAGGCCCAUGUUCAUGUCUGAGAGACCGAGAGCAAUGCAAGCACCAGCGCAAAAUUCCAGCGCGCACAAUGCUCCGCCAUCGGCGUUGAAGCCAUUCCAGAUCAGCGCACCCAAGAAGGUUCCUCAGGCCUCGUCCACCGGCCCGAAGUUAUCGUUCAAUCAGGAUCCUCCAAAUUCAAUGCAAGCGCGUGCCCAAGGUCCUCCCAUCAGCGACUUCUCUUCCGCGAGCAGAGUCGCCCAGAGGAGCAUUCCGUUUGCAUCUGGCCAUUCUCGCAAUCAGGCAGCGUCCUUUGAUCGUUCCUCAGCUCCUAGGCACAAUCCUUACGUAGCAAAGCCUGUGAGCAAUGUCUUUGAAGUUGACGGACCUACUACCUCGCCCGUGGAGACCAAGCCUCUCAGGGUCAAGCGAGCUGCUGUCAAGAUGGCCGGCCCUGCCACACCCAUAGUGGCUGCUACUACUCCGAAAACGGCAUCUCCAAGUGGUGACGCGGUCAGCGCUGCCCAGACUCCCGUACCACGUAGCUCGCACCCAGUCGUAGAUUCCCAGAAGAAUCUGGUGUCAGAGCAGCUUCCUCGUGAUCUUGGUGUCCAGCAGAAUCUUGCAUCUCCAGGUCCAGUUUCUACCAUGCCCACGCUGACCACCAAGACAGUUGAUGCCGUUCGUAAGCCUACAAUGACGCCUUCUGUAAAUCUCGAGGGAAGCACUGUUCAUGUGCAACCUAUCGGCUCGGGUAAGUCCAUCUCUCCCUCCAAGAAAGAGAAAGAGACAUCGACUGCCACUCCAGCAGUCAAGCAGUACGCCUUUGGUGCAUCUGGAAGUAUCAAAUCCGGUAUGCAGCAUAGUCGUUAUGCCCGUUGAUGCGCUUCAACACCUCCGCUCUUGUUUGGAUCUCCACUCUCAUAUGCACCCUUGGAAGGAGUCGCUCAUGGAAGCGACGAUGAUUUGAUUGAUUUCGACAUUUCUUCGGCUGAUCGAAGAGGAUUUAUCGCAAUGACUUGCAAAAUGAAGAAAGGUUGCACUUGCAAAGAUUGUAUAGGAGGGACGUGGUCAGGAAAGCAGAUUGCAACCAUUUCACUACUUGAUUAAUUUGGCGCAUUGAAGGCCACUAAUAAUUUGCUCACAACGUGAGUUCAUGGACCUGACUGGUGUGGUCACAAAAAGAAAAUGGAGUAGAGAAAAGCAACAAAGAAAACCGCAAGCAGUGACGAACGUCGCGUAAGCGACUAGUAGCACAGCGGUGAGCAUCCCAUAGGUAUGAAGC